AUGGACGACCUCUCAUUCUUGGACAUGUCCGACCAGGGCAACGCAACCCUCAAAGCUGUACUUCCACACGGAGAGGUUCGUCUGAUUUCGUGUCGUAUCUGCCCAUACAUGUUCCUGGACAGCUGCCCAUUGCUGUACCACGCAUUCGAGUACGGCCCGAAUGGUAGUCUUCAGGCCAGCAUCGACGUUCCAUCCACAAAUGGGCUUAUCUCGCUACUCCGUUACUGCUACACGGGUAGCUACCUCCCACCCACUGAAGAUGGCGGACACCCCUUGUUGCUUCCACACGUCGAAGUUUACAAGAUGGCCAAAGACUUUGAUAUCCCCGAACUGCAGCUCCUCGCCCAUGGCAACUUCUCCUGCCAAAUCGAAUUCGCAUGCUGCGUACCCUUCCCGCCACAAGAUUUGCUCGAGACUAUUCGUUUCGUAUACCAGCACUACUAUAGCAGCCUAGCGCGUCCACAGCACGACCUUGUUGGUACGCUCCUCAACUACAUUAUCUCGAGGUUCAUGUAUUACAAUCUUGGGGAGGAUGCGGACUUUAUUAAACUCGCGACCGAUAUUCCAGAGUUUUGUCAAGACCUUUGUUCUACAAACAUGGAGCGCAAUUUUGAAGACGAUUGCGCCUUCCACAUCAUACGGUUGUGUCUCGACACUCUUGGCGUCCAAUCCUGCACCCAACCCAUCCCGACUGCCUCAAAAGACUUGUUAUCAGAGACAAUUUGCGGAGAAGAUACCAUCAUUUCAGAUGAGUCAGAGAGUGAGAACACGACCCUUGUUGUUCCCGCUCUUGCAAGCGGAACAAACGAAAGAGAAGAUACGAGGAACAUGAUGGACUCCGUUACCACCACUCUUGUCCAUCGACCAAAGAUUCCACAACCGGACGUGAUGGAAGGUGUCGAGACCCUAUAUUCCGAUGAGGACGAGGAUUACACGGUGGUGUCUUCGUCCGAUUUACAUACUCCUACUACUUCCGACGAGCUAAUGUCUAGUCCGGAGUUGGUUCCUACACCUGUUGUUGAUAUUCUGGCCGCCACCGGUACUGACUAUACUUCUGAUGACGAGUGGACCAUAGUCCGAUAG